AUGAGGCUACUCCUAUGCGAAACUCUGGAUGUUAGUCUGCUCGAGGCUCCUCAAAGUGUUUAUGAAAGCCUCAAGACGAGCGAUGGAGAACGGAAUGCUUUCUUUAUCUUUGCUAUAUUCAUCGAAGUUGGAAUUAUGCCGUCUCCGCCCCUCUGUCGAUCAAUAACCAAAAUAUUCCUGAACGAGCCUGGAAGUGAUGUGCUAAAUCACAUCCUGGAAGAAAUCCGGAAAGCAAGGAUAGAAGCAAGAACGUCGGAAACCCCCUUCUUUGCAUGCAAUGUUGCGAAGCUGUUCAGUAUCGGGACGAGUGGAGAAGGUUAA